GUGGCAUGGCAACCGCAAAUUCGUGUGUAUGCGCCGCCGGGCAAGAGCAGCUUCGGGCAGCACGCGUUGCAGGUGGCAGCGAAAUCUCUGCCCUUCUAUACCAAUCUAUUCGGAACACCUUAUCCUCUCCCCAAGCUCGAUUUAAUAGCCAUCCCCGAUUUCGAUUGCAAUGCGAUGGAGAAUUGGGGAUUGGUCACAUUCCGGGAGACUGCGCUUCUGAUUGAUCCGGAGAACUCGUCUCUGGAGUCGAAGCAGCGCGUGGCCCUCACAGUUGCGCACGAGGUGUCCCAUAUGUGGUUUGGGAACCUCGUGACUAUGUCGUGGUGGAGGGAUCUUUGGCUCAAUGAGGGCUUCGCCACGUGGGCCGAGUACCUAGCUGUGGACCACUGCUUCCCAGACUACGACAUUUGGGUGAGUGCCUUCGUUCAUUGCACCUGACCCGCUUCGUGUCGUUGUGCGCUAACACUGGCACGAAUGGUGGACAACCGCCUCAUUGUUGCCCUUUUCACUGCACAGGUUGAGGUGAACAGUGCUCAGGAAGUGGAGGAGAUAUUUGACGCAGUGUCUUACCAGAAAGGCAGCUGCAUCAUCCACAUGCUCUACAACCACCUGGGUCACAGC